AUGUCCGUCUCACACUCGUCUAGUUACGCAGUCCGCAAUAUCCAACACUACUCCCUCCCCAUCCCAGCCGGCUUAGGCGCCUUUACCGUCGCCCUCCCCGCGAUCGCCGGUUUAGCGGUUGUGAACAGCAUGAACUCCAGCCGUCGUCGGCACAAGCUCGAUAGGAAUACUUCACAGUCGCCGCGAAGGCUCCAAGUCUUUCUGUUCCUCCUCAUCGUGUACGAGACAGUCAUAGCGACAUUGGCAGGCACACAUAUCACCCCUGCCAGCAACCUUCGUUGCGGCCUCGACGAUAAGUGGCACAGCCUGUUCCACAACCGAGAUGUAGACCGCAUCCGCAGGAUCCAGGAUCAGUUCCGGUGUUGUGGAUUGCACAGCGUCUACGACAUGGCGUGGCCGUUUCAGGACAAGACUCAUGUCAAGAGUCCGUGUGCGGAGUCAUUCGACAGGCAGCAGAGCUGUUUUCCUGCAUGGAGAGCUGAGGAGCAGAAGGUUGCUGGGCUUCUGUUGCUUGUGUCCAUACUGGUAUUCCUGUGGCAGACGGCCGUUGUAGCCUCUCCACUCCCGGAGCCGUCCUGGUUGGACCGUAUCCUCCGCAGUGGCAGAUCAAGACAGGACGCGGAAAGCGGACAGGGACCUCGCCGUGCGCUCGAGUAUCAGAGCAAUCCCGAGCGCUACUCGGACAGCCUCAUCACCGAAGAGGGUGGAGAUACUCCAGUCGAGGUUCAUCGACCGCAGGUUACGACAGCGAACUCAGAGUAUAUCACUGCGCCACCGCCACUGGUGGUUGAUUGA